AUGCCUUCUCCGAUUUACAUCGGACUACCAAAACUACAUUCAACCAAGAACAAAGGCAAUAAAUGCGUGCCCCCACUCAAUGAUUUCCUCAUCGGGACAUGGCACGUAACCCACUCCAGCCUCCCGCUAUGGAAGGAUAAGCGCAACGUCAACAUCACCUACGGGUUACUCCCCGCCGAUAAUUCGGGUGUGGAAAAAAUCGAUGAUCUGGUGAAAUACCAAUCCAGAAACUCGGAGAAAGUCUCGUCUAUCCAUGGUAUUGAUACCCCAAGCCCUGGCGAUCCUGGUGCUUGGGAUUGGCGAGGCAAGGGCUGGUUGAAGAUUGCGAGCUCGCAUUGGGAGUAUCUUGGCUUUGGUCAUACGGAUGAUAACAACAAGUGGAUUGUCACCUUUUUUGCCAAGAUACUUUUCACUCCGGCUGGCAUUGGCAUCUAUUUGAGGAAUAAAGAGGGGCUCCCUCAGAGUUCAGUCGAUGAGAUUCUUAAAGCUCUCAAGGAGCAUGGUGUCAAUGAGAUCUCGAGUCUUGCGGACAGUGUCUUUCGAAUUCGGCAAAAUUGA